CGGCUUAACCGUCGCUAUAGUCAUGCCCGUCAAACAAAAACAAACGCGGUCCGCCAUUUUGUAGGCAUCAUGCCUUCAUAGUUCAUCAUAUAUCGUAUAAAAAGCAGGCGGCGUUUCGUUAUACGUCUUAUUUCCCGUCGUCCGUAGUCCUUUCUCAGUUGUCAGCAGUAAUUUUCAAAUUAUUAUUAUUAUAUAGCGUCAUAUACUCGUGUGUUACACAACGUUAAACUGGUCCCCAUCGAAGAAGUACGUCGGCUCGAUCAAUCGUGUAGCUGUCUGUUAACGACAUAUUCAUUCGGAUUAUGUGUUGUUGACGUCAAGACGUGUGACACUGUUGUACAUUUUUAAAUAUUAUUUCAUCACAGUUGUUUAUCAAAAACCGUCAAGCUGUCGACUAACGCAGUAUCGGAAAUGGCGUUGAGCACAACGGCCAGCCAACCGGUACAAAACAAUGUCCAAUCGUCUCCGGGAUCCGGGUGGCCUAGGCGCACCGCACCAGUCAAAUCAUCUACGUGCCCAUCGCUCAACAGACAUAUAAAUUUGUAUCCUCUAUCAAAUUAUAAAUUUGGUACAAAAGAACCUUUAUUUGAAAAAGAUCCAUCUGUACCAGCUAGAUUCCAACGAAUGCGUGAUGAAUUUGAAAAAAUUGGUAUGCGCCGAAGUGUUGAAGGCGUUUUAAUAGUUCAUAAACAUGGGUUGCCGCACGUAUUAUUAUUGCAGUUGGGCACAACAUUUUUUAAAUUGCCUGGUGGAGAACUAAAUCCAGCAGAAGAUGAGGUGGAAGGACUUAAACGAUUACUAACUGAAACUUUAGGCAGACAAGAUGGUGUUCAGCCAGAAUGGACUGUUGAAGAUACCAUUGGCAAUUGGUGGCGACCCAACUUUGAACCUCCAACUUAUCCAUAUAUACCACCUCACAUAACUAAACCCAAAGAACAUAAAAGACUUUUCUUAGUUCAGCUACCUGAUAAAGCAUUGUUUGCUGUGCCGAAAAAUUACAAAUUGGUGGCAGCCCCUUUGUUUGAGUUGUUUGAUAACGCUCAAGGAUAUGGAUCUAUUAUUUCCUCAUUGCCUCAAGCACUUGGAAGAUUCAACUUCAUUUAUAUGUAAUUUAGAACUUAGCUGUAGGAUAUUUUAAACAUUUGCUGCCCAUCAAUCGUUGAACAGAUUUUUCUACGAUUUAAUGUAAUUGUAAAGUAGAUUUAUUAUCAGUAAAUUGUAUGAAUUGAGAAAUUGUCUGACCAUUUGAAACUAUUACAUACUAUCGUCACCAUUUUAUGAAAUAUUAUAUUUACAUAUAUACACCUAAUGUUUUAAAUUAUUGUUGUGGGUUUUAAGUGAUUUAUAGCCAUUGAUUUUUGUAAAUUGCCCAAUUACCMAUCAAUCACAGUUUGAUACUGUAUUAGAAUUUUAAAUAUCUAUCUUAAUUUUAUUUUCAUUAUUGUUGGUUGAAUAAAUACAUCAAACCAAAUUCUCUUUACUGUAUUAUAAUGAUUUGUGUUAUGGAUUAACUGGUUAUUUUUGUUCUAUAAUCAAAUUAGUAAUACACAACAAAAUUACUGUGUCUGUAUUUAGUAGAUGAACCUUUUUUUUUUAUUAAUACAACAUAAUUCAUAUAAUAUUCUUUGAUCUUAUAGAUUUUAAUUUUGUGAUUGAAUGUCUUACGAAAAAUGUAUUUAUUAUUUUCAACAUUGUAUUUUUACUUCCUAUCAUAACUGUACUAGUUAGACUCAUUGCCCUAUCUGAAAAUGCCUAGCUCGAUCUAAACUUUAUAAUCUGGUCAUGUUUUAUAUUUAAAAAAUUUAAGUUGUCCAUCCACGGUACCUAAAAAUAUGUAAUUAACAAUAAUAUACUACUAUAUUUUAUAUAAUAAUUUUGCCUAUAACCUACUUUUAUUUAUAAUUAAUGAUAUCAUCUAGGAUAAUAGUCCUUCGUAUUUUAUAGGAUAUUAAUAUAUAUUUGAUUGAUAUAUUAUGUGUUUUUUACCUAUCAUGCUAACCCUUUUUUUCUUUGAAUAUGGUUUAGACUUCUACACUUAUACUUUUUGUACUAUUGAUAUUCAAUUAGAAUGGGUUUGGAAGGUGUGGUAGCUGUAGGUAUAAAUAUGKUUGUUUAAAAAUUGUUGUAAUUUAUAAUAAUCUAUCAUCAGGCAAGAUUAAUAAUUUGUAAAAUGGUCCAGACUCAAGUAAUAACUGAUAGCACAUCAUAUUUCUGUAUAUUUAUUAUUUACAUAUUCCAGAAAUCUGAAUUUGAAUAAAUGUAUUAUUAAAGGAAAAAAGGGGAUGAGCAUGCUCGGAUAAAUUAUUCUGUAUAAGUUAUUUUCAAAAUUAACUUUCACUGUAAUUGUCUUAUUAUAUUUAUUUUUCCAGUAGUGCGAUAAGUGUGUAUUGACAUAUUGUUGAUUUGCUGUAUUGCCUGUAAUCUGUAUUAUUUUUUUUAUACGUCUGUACCUAA